AUGGCUUUAAUUAAUUAUUUUAAUACUUUUAAAAGUUUUUCCAACUUAUUAAAUUUGCAAAAAGCCCAAUUAUUAAUUAACGAAUUAUUUAAAAAAAAAGCAAAAAAAGUACAAAAAGCGCUAGCGCUAAAAACAAAAAAACAAAAGCAAACCUUUAAUAAGCUACCGGAAGUUCCUUUCGAUUACGAAACUAAACGAAUUAAAAAGCAAAAGUGUUAA